AUGCAUUUUAAUUUAAGUUUAGUGCUACUGUACGCUUUGCUGGUGAUUUUGGCACCCUUUUACAGCCAGGCCAAAUCGCUGGGAAAGGUGGAACAUAAUGGAUCAAUGUUGGCGCCACAACCACGACACAAACGCCAGUUUUCGUUAAACUUUGGUGCCACACAUGAGGAUGGUUACGGGACGGACGUUAAUGCGGAAGCGAUCGCCAGUCUGUGGAAGAGCCAGAGCGGAAACACUAAGCUGGAUGGUUCGGCAAGCUACACGCAACAUUUCGGUGGACUGUCGGGCGAUGGUAAAGCGCGCAUUAGUGGACUGUUGACUUUCUCGCACGGUUACUGAAACUGUCCCUUUCGCCAUGGGUCAU